AUGGCUGAGAACGAAGCUGAUAGCGAUAUUUCUGAGGUACCUUCGGUCGCAAGUACUGUUGAACUUCAUUCAUCUGAGGACAGCAGCGAAUCGUCGUCCUCAAACGACGAAAGCAAUUCCGAAUUAUCUGCUGGCAAAUCUGCCCGGGAUAGUGCGGAACCGCAGCCAGUUCUGGGAGAUGUGGAACUGGCCUUUGCUGAACAAACCGAGCAGUUACCGUCUUGCGAAGAAACAGAUGCUGAUGAAAAUGACGAUAUUGAGAUUCUGGAUUCAAGCCUGGAAUUGAUCGAUGAGGCAUGCUCUGAUAGCGGCGAGGAUGCUGUUCCAGUAUAUGACAGUGCCGAUUUGAGCGCCCAAACCGAUGAGCGUAAAGCAGAGUAA